AUGAGGCCCAAAAUUCCCCAAGUAUACUUCCAGGAUUCAUUUCGAAGCCGAUUUAUUAGGAUGGACGUACCAGCCCCAUCCACACUGGUGGAACUGGCAUGUGAGAGCCUGCUGAAGAACGAAGCCAUGGCCAUUGCCUCUCUGGAGAUGCUGCCCACAGAGCUCUUCCCACCACUAUUUACUGCGGCCUUUUCUGGAAGACACACUGGGAUCCUGAAGGCAAUGGUGCAGGCCUGGCCAUUUGCCUGUCUCCCUCUGGGGGUCCUGCUGAAGGAACAGCUGCCUCACCAGGAAAAUUUCCAAGCUGCACUUGAAGGACUUGAUGCUCUGCUUGCCCAGAAAGUUCGCCCCAGGAGAUGGAAACUGCAGGUGCUGGAUUUGCGGAAGAAUGCUCAUCAGGACUUCUGGAAUGUGUGGGCUGGAAACAGGAUCAGCAUGUAUUCAAUGUUUGAGCCAGAGGUGGCCCAGCCCAUGAAGAAGCUAAAAGCGAGAGAUUCAAAGGCAGACUCAGUGCAGCCCUUCACUCCAGUGGAGGUGCUCAUAGAUCUUUGCCUCAAGGAAGGUACCCCUGAUGAGUCUCUUACCUACCUCCUUAAGAAAGUAAAGCAGAGAAGAGGGGCACUCCGCUUGUGCUGUAGGAAGCUGAAAAUUUUUGAAAUGCCAAUGCAGGACAUUAAGAAGAUUCUGAAAAUGGUGCGACUGGACUCUGUCCAAGAAUUAGAUGUGAAUUGCACCUGGAAAUUGCCUACCCUGGUGAAGUUUGCGUCUCACCUGGGCCAAAUGUGCAACCUGCGUAGCCUCCGACUCUCCCACAUUCGUAUGCCCUCCCACUCCACCAGGGCAAAGGAGGAGCAGUUUGUGAGCCAAUUCACCUCUUAUUUUCUCAGUCUGGAACAACUCCAGGAACUCUAUUUGGACUCCAUCUCAUUCCUCAAUGACCGCCUAGAUCAGGUGCUCAGGUGCCUGACGACCCCUUUGGAGACUCUGUCAAUAACUAAUUGCCUGAUUUCAGAAUCAGAUUUGGUGCAUCUUUCCCAGAGCGAGAUUGUUAGUCAGUUGAAGGACCUGGGUCUUAGUGGGGUCAACCUGACCUGUGUAAACCCUGAGCCACUCCAGGUUCUGAUAGAGAGAGCCUCUGGCACUCUGCAGGAUCUAGACCUGGAUGAGUGUGGUAUUAUGGAUGCUCAGCUUACUUCCAUUCUGCCUGCUCUGAGUCGCUGCUCACAGCUCACCACCUUUAGCUUCUGUGGAAACCCAACUUCAAUGGUAGUUGUGAAAGACCUGCUGCGUCACACCAUUGGGCUGAGCAAGCUGAGCCAUGUGCUAUAUCCUACCCCUCUGGAGAGUUAUGAGGAUGUCCGUGGCACCCUUGAUCUGGGCAGACUUGCCCAGCUGCAUGCCAAACUGAAGCAGAUGAUGCAGGAGUUGGGGCGGCCUGGCAUGGUCUGGUUCAGUGCUAACCCUUGUCCUCGCUGUGGUGACAGGACCUUCUAUGACCCUGAUCCCAUCCUGUGCCCCUGUUAUAUGUCUGCCUAG